GCGAAGGGAGCAGCUUCAAGUAGUUGACUGAAGUCAGUGAAACGGCACUUGGUGACGAGACAUUUCGUUGUCACGUCACUAAUUGAGUCCCAAUUUCUCGGAUAAUAUUGCGUGAAAUUUUGUGUCAAUUCCAAUUCACCGAGCAGUCAACUUUGACUUCGACCAGUGAAAAAAGUAACGUUUUUGAAGUCAAUCGAAGAGAAGCCAUGGCAGUGGACGUGACAGCAGUGUUCGAGCUAUAAGCUCGUCCAUUCUUUCAUGGAAAACGGUGCAUUUUAGAUUAAUUUAUGAUUUUUCCCGAUUAGUCUGCUAAUUCGAUGACUAGACUGGAUGCGAUGGCUGAAAAUAUUGUCAUGCAUGGUGCAAAUUACAUAAAGUAAACAAAAAUAUUUAUUAGCAUUUUGUGAACUUAAAAAAUCAACAACACAAUGGAUUCUGAAGAAGAGACGUAUGAUGAUGUUGACUCUGGCAAUGAGUCUAGUGGGGACGAUGUGGAUUUUGCUAUGGAAAUUGAAGCAGAAAAUCCAAGGGAACGAACAACAGAUGUUGAUGAAUAUCCCUUUGAAGUUUUAUCAACAGAAGAGAUAGUGCAACAUAUGAUUGAUUCCAUAAAAGAAGUCAACACGGUUGUAGAAAUACCUGCAACAACCACACGUAUUUUAUUAAAUCAUUUUAAGUGGGAUAAAGAAAAAUUAAUGGAACGCUUUUUUGAUGGGGAUCAAGAGAAAUUAUUUGCAGAAGCACGUGUCAUCAAUCCAUUUAGGAAGGCUCCAUUAAUAAGUAGAAGUCAAUCUUCCCAGAAUGCUUUGUCAAGAAGAAUGUCAACAAAUGGUACUGAAGAAUGUGGAAUCUGCUUCAUGGUUCAACCAUCUGCAGUAGGCAUGAUGACUGGACUUGAGUGUGGACAUCGUUUUUGUACUGGCUGUUGGGGGGAGUAUCUGACAACCAAGAUCAUGGAAGAAGGAGUUGGUCAAACAAUUGCAUGCGCAGCACAUGCCUGUGACAUUUUAGUUGAUGAUGCCAGUGUUAUGCGUCUUGUAAAAGACUCUAAAGUUAAGCUGAAGUAUCAGCAUUUAAUAACUAAUAGUUUUGUUGAAUGUAAUAGGUUACUGAGGUGGUGUCCAUCCCCGGACUGUAAUAAUGCUAUAAAAGUUCAAUAUAUUGAAGCCAGACCUGUAACUUGCAAGUGUGGGCACACAUUUUGUUUCCACUGCGGCGAAAAUUGGCACGAUCCUGUGAAAUGUCAUUUACUACGUAAAUGGAUAAAGAAAUGCGAUGACGAUUCAGAAACAUCAAAUUGGAUCGCCGCAAAUACAAAGGAGUGCCCCAAGUGUAAUGUUACUAUUGAAAAAGACGGUGGUUGUAACCAUAUGGUGUGCAAGAAUCAAAAUUGCAAAACUGACUUCUGUUGGGUGUGUCUUGGGCCAUGGGAUCCACAUGGUUCUAGUUGGUAUAAUUGUAAUCGUUAUGACGAAGAAGAGGCUAAAGCUGCCAGGGAUGCCCAAGAGAAAAAAAGAUCUGCACUACAAAGAUACUUAUUUUAUUGUAAUAGAUACAUGAAUCAUAUGCAGUCGCUGAAAUUUGAAAGUAAACUUUACGCAAGUGUAAAAGAAAAAAUGGAGGAAAUGCAACAACAUAAUAUGUCUUGGAUCGAGGUACAAUUCUUAAAGAAAGCGGUAGAUAUCUUGUGUUCCUGUAGACAGACCCUUAUGUAUACUUAUGUUUUCGCUUACUAUUUGAGAAAAAACAACCAAUCUGUGAUUUUUGAAGACAACCAGAAAGAUCUGGAGGGAACGACAGAACGCCUCUCGGAAUAUCUUGAAAGAGAUAUUACAAGUGAAAAUCUUGCUGAUAUCAAGCAAAAAGUUCAAGAUAAAUAUAGAUACUGCGAUAGUCGGAGAAAAGUGCUUUUAGAACAUGUACACGAAGGAUAUGAAAAGGAUUGGUGGGACUAUGUGGAAUAGAGGGCUGUACCAGCUUUGUUUUUUGGGGAUGUGGGACAAGUUUCCUAUCUUGUCACUGUUGCCCCAGCUGUGAUAAAUCAAGAAAGCUGACAAGAGACAAAAAAUAGAGCGUCACCAAGUGAUUUACGUGUUAGAUAUACUUUGAACACAAUAUGACCUGUGGCAACACAUAUAUCGUUAUGAAUUUUGAAUUUAUUAAAAUUGAAUCCUACUACUAUCAGGCCACACGUAAAAUACUUUUGUAUCGAUUACUGACUCUAAUUUGCGCUUGCUGUGUGCUACUCAUCCUUGCAAUAAUUCGAUCCCUCACAAAUACAGCUUGCAAUGAUAUUUUCGAAUCUCAGAUCGAUUCUAUGUGCAAACACAUCAGAUGAUUAAGAAAGGAAGUGUGAAACAAAUCAGAAUAGUGUGUUGCAGUACUGAAAGAAAGUUUCUCUGAAAUUUGCUUAAUAUAUUUGAAUGUUAUAGUGUAAUGAUAUGUCAUAUCUUUUCAUACUACUAUAAGAUUCUCUAGAAAGGUCGUUAACUGAAUAGUAAAAUAAAAGAGAAAACUUUUCUUUAGAGAGUUCUUUAAGUAGUACAUGAAAAGGCUCAUAUAGGUCUAGAACACCUUAAGCUGUCUCUUAUUCUCAGAUCUGUGAAUUCGAUUUAUGAAGGGGUAAUUG